GGCUCCUUCAAAACUCAUAACCUUGCAACAAGCCCGGCUAAUCACAAAAUACCUGCAUAUAUAUGCUGUUUUAUCCCCAUACUUUUCUUGCUAGAGCUUGCUUUAUCAAUUGAGCAAUAAUGGCGCUUUUACGACCCUCCGCUCCGUCCCUGUCGCGGCCUAGCAUUCGCGACCUCUCAAGCUUCCUCCUCUCUCCACAAACCUACCAAGCACGUUGUGCGUCCCGUGUUACUCAGCGGCACAUACCAUCUCCAUCUAUUUCUUCAACCUAUGCCACCUUGCGCAAGUUCUCCAGCGAGCCUCGCCUUCAUGCCAUCACGAGAAGCAGAAGCACAAAGCCAAAAUCGCACGAUCGCGGCCCGCCCUCGACGGAGGAUACACAGACCGAUUUCGGAUUGUUAGACGUAUUGGGCAACACGCCUGCCCCAAGCACGAGUAUAGAUGCGUGCUUAUGGGAUGGAUUUCAUUUGAAUAGUGGAGUGAAGAUCGUGGGUGGCAGCGGAGUGUUACUUGUUGCCGGAGAAGCUUUCUCGUGGAAGCCUUGGGAAGCGGGAACAGGAGAUCGGAAGUUAAGAACAGUGAACGAGAAGGGGCAGUUUGAAGUUGAGGAUGAGGCAUGGGGGCUGCUAGAAUUGGUGUGGCCGAAGCCUGACCUCUUGAUUCUGGGACUAGGAAAGGACAUGAGGCCUUUAAGCCCGAAAACGAGACAGUAUAUUAAUAGCUUGGGCAUAAGGAUUGAUAUCCAGGAUACGAGAAACGCUGCUGCACAAUUCAACCUCCUUGCCACGGAACGAGGUGUGGGGAAUAUUGCUGCAGCACUUGUACCCAUAGGCUGGAGAGAAGGAGUAGGUAUUGAAUAAUGAGCAUCUUAAAGGAGGCACCAGUAAUAUUAGAACCCAGAUGGCAGAAGCAGGAUUUUAAGGUGACCUUUCGAGAGAAGGGGGAUUAAGUAAGGGGUUCUGGCCCGGAAAUCUACAGGUGAGUCGACUUUCGACACAAGUUUUCCCAGAAACACAAAUGCCCAUCUUUAUGAAUAUAAGCAGCACAGUAGAU